CCUCGGGGGCGGGGCCAAGGGCUUCUUCCCAGCCCGGCUCUGCAGAGCGGAGGUCUGCAGUCUCCGGUUUAGUUAAGUAUAUGCAAAACCGGCCAGAAGCCGCCGCACUUACCAGCAGAUCUCAUAUGAUUGCUUGGUAAAGGCUCUGCCUUCUGCACAGGUCACCUCCCUCGGAACUCCGCUACUGAACGUCCGAGCCAGCCCUCGCUCGGCCCCUUGCAGUCGGAAGGUUACAGCCGUGAGAGCCCUGGAGGCGGUGGCGGCGGCCCAGGAAGGAGCUGCAGCGCCGGGGAAAGAAGCAGGAAGAGAAGAGUGUCACCUCCUAGGAGUCCAGCACUGGAGAAACGAGGAAAAUUCUUUCAAGGAUGGUGUCCCACUCAGAGCUGAGGAAACUUUUCUGUUCUGCUGAUGCAGUGUGCUUCGAUGUCGAUAGCACAGUCAUCAGAGAAGAAGGAAUUGAUGAGCUGGCCAAAUUCUGUGGAGUUGAGGACGCUGUGUCAGAAAUGACACGGCGAGCCAUGGGCGGGGCAGUUCCUUUCAAAGCAGCCCUCAUGGAGCGCUUAGCUCUGAUCCAGCCGUCCAGGGAACAGGUGCAAAGGCUCAUAGCAGAGCACCCCCCACACCUGACCCCUGGCAUAAGGGAGCUGGUAAGUCGCCUACAAGAGCGAAAUGUUCAGGUUUUCCUGAUAUCUGGCGGCUUUAGGAGCAUUGUAGAGCAUGUUGCCGCAAAGCUCAACAUCCCGUCAACCAAUGUAUUUGCCAAUAGGCUGAAAUUCUACUUCAAUGGUGAAUAUGCAGGUUUUGAUGAGAUGCAGCCAACAGCCGAAUCUGGUGGGAAAGGAAAAGUUAUCAAACUGUUAAAGGAAAAAUAUCAUUUUAAGAAUAUAGUCAUGAUUGGGGAUGGAGCCACCGACAUGGAAGCCUGUCCUCCUGCUGAUGUUUUCAUUGGAUUUGGAGGAAAUGUGAUCAGGCAGCAAGUAAAGGACAACGCAGAGUGGUACAUCACUGACUUCGUAGAGCUUCUGGGAGAACUGGAAGAAUAAGAUCAAUUUUUAUACAGUUCAUGACAACUUCAGGUUAAUUUUUUAAAGUUAUACAGUUUGAUACUGUUUGCUUACAAUUGUCUAUUACAACCUAAUAUAUAAAUUUGGUACUGAUUAUCUGUACUUCCAAGUAAACUUCCAGUUAGGGCUCCUAGAAAAUUGUUGGUUGGUUUUUUAAAACUGUAGUUCUAGUAUUAUGAUGACCUGGAGAGUUUUAUAAUCUAAAUUCUUUAUGUAUUUUCCUAGCUGUAUUUUAUUUGGAGCCUUUCAAAGGUGGAUAGUAAAUUGAACAUCUUCACUAUUGGCAAUAUGGAUUAGGCAGCUCUAAGUGAAAUCGGUUUUCCCUUUGAUAUAUAAAUAAAAUUUUAUCCA